GGGUCUGUGGCAACGGGGUUGGUUAAAGUGGAGCAAUCGCUUCCAGCACUGCCUGGUGCAGCUUCCUGAUUCUUUCUCUGCUUGGCUCCGCUGCCCUCCCAGGGGGCCGCAGACGGCAUGGAGGGGACGGGGAGACACCGCCUGUUGCAGACCCUGGCAGGGCUGGGGAAGGACGAGCUCCAGAGAUGGAAAGAGAAGCUGAGCAAAAUACCACUGAAGGAGGGAUACCAGCGCAUCCCCCAGGCCCUGCUGGAGAGAGCCGAUCCGGGGGCCCUGGCCGAGCUGCUGCUCAGCUACUACGGGGAGGAGUACGGGUUGCAGCUGGCUUUACUAGCACAGGCUUUAUGCAGUGCAGAACAAGCGGCAACAGAUGUCUCAAGCGCAGCUGGCUCUGAGGUCCUCGAUGAGCUGCUGAUGCGGAGUCUUUCAGAGUUUGAGUUGGACAAGGCAAAAUCCUUCCCCCGCCUGCCUCUGGCCCCACAGUGGCUCAGGAAGCUGACAGGAAAGAAGGGGAAGCAGCAUCAGCAGGGCCGGCUCCAGGCACCAGAAUACCGAGCACCUGCUUGGGGCGGUACCUUGGGAGGGGGCGGCACCCGGGGAUCCUUCAGUGAAGAGACUCGAUCCACCCCCAAGUCUAGUACAGGGACAGAGGCGGCAGGAGACCCCAUAAGGGAACAGGGCCCUGCCUCACAGCCCUCUAACACCAACGUGCUGCGGGAUAUGGGGUUGGUGGUGCCCGCGAGGAGCAGAUUUUCAGGACGCACAGUGAGGAUGAAGAGCAUCUUCCCCAGCAUGACUCUACCUACACCUCCGCAGUGGCUCAGGAAGCUGACGGGCAAGAAGGGGAAGCAGCGUCAGGCCGCCCCAGGCACCUUCCCCCAAGGCUCCGAGAGCACUGUGCAGCACCCGCAGGAGGAGUCUAUUUAUACCAGCAUGUCAGAGAGACCUGGGGCCGUGGGAAAAGUCACACAGAUGACAGGGAAGAAAAAGAAACCUGCUCCCCUUCAGCUGGAGGCACUCGGUGGGAGGUCAGGACGUGAAAGUCACGAGACAGAGUUUUGUGCUUUAAUCUUUGAUGAAACCCCAGCAUUGGCAUCAGCAGGAUUUUUCGAUGAAGAGGAUGAGACCCCCCCUAGUUCUGCGGCAGGGACAGCUGAAGCUGAAGGGAUCAUCUGCGAACAGACCCUGCUUCUCUCUGCUGGGGCUGCGGCUGGGGCUGCCGGAUCUUCCAGAAGAAAUACACCCUGAGACUGUUCGGGGCCCAGAUGGGAAGC